UGCAGUAACUCAUCGAUGGGAACUUGAUCCUCGUGGUACCAUCUGGUUUUGGGCCAGCUCUCAUUGAUCGAUUGUUUGGUCAGAUCAGCUCACUUUAUUUUACCUGUAAUUACAGUACUUCCCGGACGGCGGUUCGACAGCGUCCCGACUACCUUAAAAAAAAAACCCUGAGCCCGGGACCACGUGACAUCAAGGACCAAUGGCAGAGCCCGGUGUCGGGUUGCUAAGGAAGUGGCGGGGACUCGCCUCUCUAGCCCUGGAGACCGCCGCUUGAAUGUAAACAAGGAAAGUUAAUUUGAUUAAUGAAGUAAAACAAACCUGGAAAGCACCGGGAGGAUUGAAGCAGGAUGGCGGAGCUGCACAUUAUAGGCCAGAUUGUGGGGGCCAGUGGCUUCCCUCAGAACAGCCUCUUCUGCAAGUGGGGUGUCCACACAGGAGGGGCAUGGCGCCUGCUGUCAGGGCUGAGGGAAGGGCAGACACAGGUGGACUCUCCCCAGAUUGGUGAAGUGGCCUAUUGGAGCCAUCCCAUAGACCUACACUUUGCCACCAAGGGACUGCAAGGGUGGCCCAAGCUGCACCUGCAGGUGUGGGACCAGGACUCGUUUGGCCGCUGCCAGAUGGCUGGCUAUGGGUUCUGCCACGUGCCCUCCAGCCCUGGGCACCACCGACUGCGUUGCGGCACCUGGCGGCCCCUGGGGCCCUGGCAGGACAGGCUGGUGCAGACCUUCGUGGGAGGGGGGCCACAGCUGCGCUCCCCUGACCUCAUCUACACUGGGGCAGACCGCUACAGACUACACACGGUGGCUUCGGGCACCGUGGACCUGGAGCUGAACAUCGUCUUGAGACACUUCGACCGCUACGGAGUAGAGAGCUGAGAGAGGAGGAGAGGCAGAAGGGAAGCGCAGGGGAAGGUUUGAGAGAGGGUUUGGUGUGUGGGGCGAGAGGGAGAACGAGAGAGAGAAUGGGAGGGGAUGUGAGGACUUGAGGAGGCCAGCAGGCUGCGAGCUGUCUGCAGUGGAAAACUCAGGACGGCUCUCAGGUCUGUCCAGUUCUGGACCUCAGCAGGGAAAGAGGGGAAACAGUUGCCGUGUGUGGACAGGUAUCAUGCUCUUUGUAAGUAUGGCUCUACCCCUGCUCUGCCACAAGGGGGCAGGCUGAGUCUUGGAAUGGCAUCUCUCAUACAAGUUCCCAUUAACACGUUGACAGUCACACGCAAUGAAACUAAUCCCAUUCUUUGUUAAAAUGAAUUUUUGUAUUUGAACCCAGCGUGACUUUUGUAUAUUUUUAUAUAUGUAUUGUGUUUUAGAGUUGGAAACCAUUUUACUUAAUUUUUUUUUAAAACGCAUAUAUUAAAAGUUUGGUUUUCCAUA